CGCCGUUCCCCCAUUGUCAGCCGCUCCGGCAGUGCGGGGAAAACCUGCCUGUGGGCUCUGUGUCAUCGCCCUCUGCGUGUGCACGGCGAAGUCCGCGCUGCUGCUCGCAGUCCUCCCUCUCCCCCUUCCUCGCUCGCUCUCUCCCUCUCUCUCUCUCUCUCUCUCUCUCUGCUUCCCUUUCAUUCCGCUUCCCCGGAGCCGGCUGAAGCAGGGAGCAGGAUUAGAGUGCGCCACUGGCUAUCAGAGGAGCGGAGAUAAAAGGACGGCUCCCUGAGCACCACUGCCUGCCGCAGCCCCGGGAAUCUCUCCCUCUCUCUCUCUCUCUCUCUCUCUCUCUCUCUGCACACAACAGUUGUGCCUCAUUAUCCGGUGCCUGGCUUUUUUUUUUUUUGAGGGUUUGAAGUUUCUGAGCUCCACUGACGGCUGCAGAAGAGGAGGCGUGAGUGUUGCCAUGAGGUCCUGAUGGUCCGCCUUUAUGAAUGAAACUCACCUCAAUCACCUGUUACCUCCAGUUUCCAGAUUGUUGGAACUUCUCUGGCCGCACAAUACAGGAAGGAGGACGGAAGGCAGCACAGGACCCGCGGCGGCUGCAGCAUGGGCUGGUGCACCGGGCUGGUCUGUCUGCUCUGGGGAGCGUUACUCACGGCGAGAGCAAACUAUCAAAAUGGCAAGAACAACGUGCCGAGGCUGAAAUUGUCCUACAAAGAAAUGUUGGAAUCCAACAAUGUGAUCACUUUCAAUGGCUUGGCCAACAGCUCCAGUUAUCAUACCUUCCUUUUGGAUGAGGAACGGAGUAGGCUCUAUGUUGGAGCAAAGGAUCACAUAUUUUCAUUCAACCUGGUUAAUAUCAAGGAUUUUCAAAAGAUUGCGUGGCCAGUAUCUUACACCAGAAGGGAUGAAUGCAAAUGGGCUGGAAAAGACAUCCUGAGAGAGUGUGCCAACUUCAUCAAGGUGCUCAAGGUUUACAAUCAGACGCACUUGUACGCCUGCGGAACGGGGGCUUUCCACCCAAUUUGCACCUACGUUGGAAUUGGACAUCAUCCUGAGGACAACAUUUUUAAACUGGAGGACUCACAUUUUGAAAAUGGCCGUGGGAAGAGUCCAUAUGACCCCAAACUACUGACAGCAUCUCUUUUAAUAGAUGGAGAAUUGUACUCUGGAACUGCGGCGGAUUUUAUGGGGCGAGACUUUGCUAUCUUCCGAACACUUGGUCAGCACCACCCCAUCAGGACGGAGCAGCACGAUUCCAGGUGGCUCAACGAUCCGAGGUUCAUUAGCGCUCACCUCAUCCCAGAGAGUGACAACCCCGAAGAUGACAAAGUGUACUUCUUCUUCCGUGAAAAUGCCAUAGACGGAGAACACUCUGGAAAAGCCACUCACGCAAGAAUAGGUCAGAUAUGCAAGAACGACUUUGGGGGACAUAGGAGCCUGGUGAACAAGUGGACGACCUUCCUCAAAGCCAGGCUCAUCUGCUCAGUGCCAGGGCCCAACGGCAUCGACACUCACUUUGAUGAACUGCAGGAUGUGUUCCUAAUGAACUCUAAAGACCCUAAGAAUCCCAUUGUCUAUGGCGUGUUUACAACUUCCAGUAACAUCUUCAGAGGCUCCGCCGUGUGUAUGUACAGCAUGAGUGAUGUGCGCAGAGUCUUCCUCGGUCCCUACGCUCACAGGGACGGCCCCAACUACCAGUGGGUGCCUUUCCAAGGAAGAGUCCCCUAUCCAAGGCCGGGAACGUGUCCCAGUAAAACGUUUGGUGGGUUCGAGUCUACAAAGGACCUCCCUGAUGACGUGAUCACCUUUGCUAGAAGUCAUCCGGCCAUGUACAAUCCAGUGUUUCCUAUUAAUAACCGCCCGAUAAUGGUCAAAACCGACGUGAAUUACCAGUUCACACAGAUUGUAGUAGACCGGGUGGACGCAGAAGAUGGCCAGUACGAUGUCAUGUUUAUUGGAACAGAUGUUGGGACUGUACUGAAAGUAGUGUCAAUUCCUAAAGAGACCUGGCAUGAUUUAGAAGAAGUUCUGCUGGAAGAAAUGACAGUUUUUCGGGAACCAACUACUAUUUCAGCGAUGGAGCUCUCCACUAAACAGCAACAGCUGUACGUGGGAUCCGCGGCGGGUGUGGCGCAGCUGCCCCUGCACCGCUGUGACAUCUACGGCAAGGCCUGCGCCGAGUGCUGCCUGGCCCGCGACCCCUACUGCGCCUGGGACGGCUCCUCCUGCUCGCGCUACUUCCCCACGGCCAAGAGACGCACCAGACGACAAGAUAUAAGAAAUGGAGAUCCACUGACUCACUGUUCAGACUUACAGCACCAUGAUAAUCACCAUGGCCACAGCCUUGAAGAGAGAAUCAUCUACGGGGUGGAGAACAGUAGCACGUUCCUGGAAUGCAGUCCCAAGUCACAGAGGGCCCUGGUGUACUGGCAGUUCCAGCGGCGGAAUGAAGAGCGAAAGGAAGAGGUCCGGGUGGACGAGCACCUCAUCCGCACGGAGCAGGGGCUCCUGCUGCGCAGCCUGCAGCGGCGGGACGCGGGCCGCUACCUGUGCCAGGCCGUGGAGCACGGCUUCAUGCAGACGCUGCUCCGCGUGCGCCUGGAGGUCAUCGACGCCGAGCACCUGGACGCGCUGCUGCCCCGGGACGGCGCCGGCGCCGCGGCGCGCGAGGCGGCCCCCGGCCUGACGCCCAGCCAGAAGGUGUGGUACCGGGACUUCAUGCAGCUCCUCAGCCACCCGCACCUCAACACCAUGGACGAGUUCUGCGAGCAGGUGUGGAAAAGGGACCGCAAGCAGCGCCGGCCGCGGCCGGGGCACGCGCAGGGCGGCGGCACCAAGUGGAAGCACCUGCAGGAGAGCAAGAAGGGCAGGAACCGGAGGACCCACGAGUUCGAGCGGGCGCCCCGCAGCGUCUGAGCCGCGCGGGCCCCGGGACGGAACUGCGGGUGUGUGCGGCCGCGACGGCCCCCGACCCCAGGGCCCCGUGCGCGUCCCGGGGCGCAGACUGUACCGGUGUCGCUCUCUUCCUGCCCGAGAAACGAAGGCGCCCUUGGCCACGCCGCCCGCGGGCGGAGCCAGCGCCAUCAGCCAAGCCUUGCUCGGGAGCGCGUGUCCGCCGUGCACCGCGUGGCCCGGCUCCGCUGACGAAGAUUCCAGAACGCGGCUGGGGGCCGGGGUGGCUCUGCCUGCCGCACUGGUGUUUGUCCUGGAGCAGGACAGGGAGAAAGAUGGGAGGAAGGACGCGCUCCGCGGAAGUACGAACACAGACACGCACCACCCGAGGAAGAAUGGGCUACACUGAUCGACUACUGAUGUGUUCUUUCAGCUUUGACCUAAAGAUGUAUUUUAUUAAAACGAUAAUUUAAAUGUACCAUGACAAAUAUGCAGUAAAGGUUAGCUGUUUUCUAAGCUAGAGUAGGUUUUUGUCUUACAGUUAUUGUGCUAUAUAGUUUUGUUUUAAGAUUCCAGUUGUGUGCUGCUUUUUUUCCUUUGACAUUCGCAGAUCUGUAAAAGGGAUACCUGAUAUUGUCCUAAAAUAUCUAUAUACAUUAUUAACAUUUAAUCCUGAAACCAGAAUAUAAAUUAUGCUUCAUUUUUUUUUCCUGAGGAAACCAAACCAAUGAAAGCUGUUCUAAGUAUUAUCUAAAUUAAUUUUAACUGCAUGAGGUGCUCAGAACAGCAGAGCACUCAAGCAGCAAAACAGGAAAGAAACAAGAGGAUUGGUUAAGUACAUGUUUUCUGUCUAGUGGGUCCAUGAAAAGGAACUGCGUAUCUCACAAAAUAUUAAGCAUUGUCUUAAUAUAGUGUUAAUAUUAAUUUUCUAUUAAUACUGUUAGCAUAGUAUUAAUGGGAAAAUAUCUUUCUGUACUUGAAUCUCCGCAUGAUGGUUGAGACAUAAAAGCUCUCUCAGGAUUCCUGUAGCAGCUAUGUCAGUGUCGGGUUCCGCAGAGAGAGAUCAGUAACAUUUAGAACAACGAAAGUCAGAAUCUCCACUGUUUACAUCUGCAUCAUCUGCCUCACCUCACCUCACUUUAAGAUAAUUAUCUACAUGGGGAAUACAUGAUGCUUUGGAAGUCCACAGAGUGAUUUUUAUGCAAACUAUUUUCCAGGACACAACCCGCGCCUAAACAGCGUAAAGUUUUUUUUGUUUGUUUGUUUCAUACAAUUGACAGAAUGUGGUAAAAGAUUUUUUUUUAUUUUUUCAAUGUAAUUUUUUCAGGCACUCACAGAGAGAGAGAGAGCAAGAGAGAGAGAGAAUUCCCAUCUGCUAUUUCAGUCCCCAGAUGCCCACAGUGAUCCAGCCAGGACCAAACCCAGGGGCCAGGAACUCAGUCCAGGUCCCCCUGUGGGAGGCAGGGACCUAUUACUUGAGCCACUGCCACUGUUGCCUCCCAGGGUGUGCGUUAAGAGGAAGCUGGAGUCAAGAAUCAGAGCCAAGUAUCAAAGCCAGGCACUCUGCCGGGGAUGAGGCAUUCUAGCCGGCGGCUUCACCGCAAGACCAGGCACCUGCCUGGCGAAAGCUUUUGAGGUCAGAAGUCGCCCCUUCAUUGUCCUCAGUUUGUUGGGGCUCAUUCACCCCAAGCCACCUGAGCCUGCAGCAUUCCCGUCUGGUUUUUCUGCACUGCAGUCACCUUUCUAGGAAUCCCUUCUUAGAUCCUUCAUCAUGCCCAAAAAUGAACAGAAAACAUCGUGUUGCUAACUAAUGAAGUCAUGGUGCAAUUCUAACUCCAGCUGUCUUAGAAUUCAAAUUAACGUAGCAUUAAUUUCUCACCUCAGACUAGUGAAAUUUUAUUCCCUAUCAGCUGAACUACAUCCCAGAUGGAAGCUCACCUUUCAGUUUUAAUUGUUACUUUGAAUAAACAACUUGUUGACGCUUGUUUCAAAUGAAAGCCUAGCAAUAUUCACAUUUAAUUUUAGUCUCCAUUGAGUAUAAUGGUGUUGCUUUUAGAUGUUCAUCCUCAGAUAGAAGUUGAAUUGUUAAAAUAUUUGAAGGACACACUCCUGUACAAAAAAUAGUGUUUGAAAUCUAAAUCAAAAAAUGAAGAGUGCCCCAAAGGUCAUUCUUUCGUGUUCAUAGAAUAUCUUAACUGUACUAAAAUUCAGUGUUGCCAUUCAUUCUAAAUUUGCAGCUGAAACAAAUUUAUUUGCUGUAACAGAAGUAUCUCAUUUCAUAAUAAUCCUCAAAAGUAAAGAAUUUGAAGGGAUAGCGAUUAUAUGAUAACUUCAUGGAUGCCAUCCAAAAUCUGAAUGCAUUUUGCUUAGCAUUAUGAAAAACCAACAAAAAAAAUCUAGACUCCAAUUAAAAGAAACAAAACAAAUCUGCUGGCAUGUCUCUAUAAACCAUGGAGUCUAACGGUUCGAAGAAAAUUGCAGAUAUAUGACUUGCAGAUAAGUAACUCAUUUCAGUCGUAAUCUUCCGCCAAUAUGUAUCAAGACAGGGCAGUUUGCACGAAAACAGUUAACGUCCCACUCAGUAAUUCAUUUUAAUAGACUUUGGCAUAUGCAUGUAUUAUCCGAGAUGAGACUUGGUUGAGAGCUUUGUAUGACCAUACACAAUCCAUGACAGCAAUCUUAAGGUAUGAAAAAGACGCAUCAUAGCGAGAAAAGAUGGCCCAGCGGAAACCAAACGUAGUGUAAAUGCAUGUAAAUGCACACUCGAUGCUUCUUUUUAAUGUAUUAUUUAGUGAUUUUCAAUGGUAUGUGUUUAAUAUCUUUGCUACCUACACAUUAGGCAAAGGGGAUGUAAAUAAUUUUUGCAAAGGUGGAAUGGUGUAAAAUACAACUUUCUAUGAGUACUCCAUUGCGAUGUGUUCGACAUCAUCCUAAGUUGCAAGAUUUUCCCACACAGGUGACAAGGUGGCUUUGUACUGCUGAAGGGCAGAAGGUGUGUGUCCACUCAGUAAGCAUGUUUUUUGCCAGGUGGUAAACAUGUUCCGUAUCUGUAUUUAUCCUUGCCUUUCAGAUGGGAACUAGAAAACUGGAGCAAAAUCUGUAACGAAACUGCUGCUGUAAAUUAUUCCCUUUAGCAUGUAUUCAGUUGCUAAAUACACAUUUCUUCAAAAUAUUUGAA